GGUAUUAUUUCCCGCCACAGAGGUUUGUUUUCUAAUAUUGAAAUAUAACCUACAAAUUUGGAAAGUGUAAUUCAGUGUAAAGUAAACUAUUUGUUAAAAGUGGAUGAACUUUUUAAUGUUUUAGUGGCCUAUUUGAAAUUAAGCGAAAUUUAGUUAAGAUAACUGUUUAAAGCCUAAAUAGUGUCAUUCGAUAAUAUUCUUAGUACUAUAUUUUUAGUGAUCCCUAAGUUGUAUAUUGUGCUUUUAGCAUCUAACUUUUACUAGCAUAUAACAAAAUGUCAUCUCUUCUUAGUGCGGACUUAGCAGCUGCAUGCAACGCUCUCGGGUACUACGACGCGAAAUCGGGUAAAUAUUAUGCAGAUGCAAACACAUUAGAGACAGUGAAAGACUUAAUUCGGUAUUUAAGACGAGAUGAUGAGACUCAUGACAUUCGUAGACAGCUCGGUGAAACUGCUGUUCUGCAAAGUGAUUUGUUGCCACUAUUAAAAAGCUAUUGGGAGGAAGCUGAUUUGUUUGAUGUUCUUUUAAGAUUAGUUGUUAAUCUAACUACACCGGCCUUACUCCUCUGGAAUGAGCAAAGGCCGACUGAAAAGACGGCGAGCAAUUAUUACCUACAAGUCGAGGGACAUUUGCAAAGCUAUAAAGAAGCUUUUGCCGACGAGACCGUUUGGGCCGUUUUAAGCAAGAGGCUUAGUAAAAUUUUGGAAUUAGAACCUCUUCAGCGUGGUGAUGAAAACAGCCUUAUUAUCGAACGCAUCUUGAUCCUUAUCCGAAAUAUUCUGUAUAUUCCCGCCGACUCCAUGGAAAGAAGACCUGAUAACGAUGCUAGUAUACAUGACCAGGUCCUUUGGGCCUUUCACCAAUCCGGUAUGCUGGACAUAAUCCUCUAUAUAACCAGCUCACAAAAUGAAAGUGCCUAUUACUUACACAUCUUGGAGAUCCUUUCGUACAUGCUGCGUGAACAAAAGGCAUCGGAUCUUGCACAUGCCGCUUUGCAGCGGAGCCAAACGGAAAAAGUGCGGGACGAGGCCGAACUAUUGGCCAUAAGACACAAAGAAAUCAAUGAAAAACAGAAGAAGAGCAAGGCAUAUAGUGGAACAAGACACUCAAGAUUCGGCGGUACAUUUGUGGUGAAGUCAAUGAAAUCUAUCAGUGAAAACGAACUGAUUUACUACAAACCGCUCUCGAAAUUGGAAUCUCUGGAUUUUGAUACAGAUAAAGUGAAACCAAAAACUCCGAGAAAUAGACUUCCUGUAAAAGCUACGUCAACCGAGCGCAGAUCGGCUUUCAGCAUUCGUCUGUUCCUAAAGGAAUUCUGUGUCGAAUUUCUAAAUGGAGCCUACAACACUUUGAUGUAUCACGUAAAAGACAAUUUGGUUAGGGCGAAAUCGCAGGCCAACGACGAAUCGUAUUACUUGUGGGCUAUUCGAUUUUUCAUGGAGUUCAACAGGUGCUACAAAUUCGAGGUGAAGCUGGUUAGUGAAACGAUGUCCGUACAAACUUUCCAUUAUGUUCAGCAACAGAGCGAGAACUUUUAUGAUAUGAUGGCUACCGAUAAGAAAAAGAUAAAACUAUGGUCUCGCCGAUUGCAUCUCGCGGUUCUGGCCUACCGGGAGCUUUUUAUGACAUUGGCUGCUAUGGAUAGAUCGCCAGACGGAAACGUUCGUGAUUCAGCUAAAGUUAUCAAAAGCAAUAUUUUCUACGUCCUGGAGUAUAGAGAGUUUAUUUUGACAUUGCUGGUGAACUAUGAUGAACUAAAAAUGUCGGACACUUAUUUAAAAGAUCUGAUUGAGACGCAGCAUAUUUUUAUAAAAAUGCUGGAAACGUUUAUUGGUCGAGAAGGAAGUGUGAUGGUCCAAGGCAAAAGCAGAAAGAAGAAAGGGACUACUAAGAAAGGCUCCAAAAAAAGCUCGCAACCCAUCAGCCUUACCUUCAAUCUAGAUGCAAUGUGGGAUGAGACUUCUCCACAGGUUUCAGCAAUUUUGGAAUCUAAUACUCAGCUUUCUACCGACAUUGCGCCUUUUGAUGCUGCCUCAGAUAUUCCGAUAGAUGAUCAAAAAGUCGACGCAAUGAAAAAUAUACAGCGCAAAUUAAGGAAUGGAGAAUUUGAGACUGCAAUUGCCAUUUUACGGGCUGCUAGGGAGAUUUGGCCUGAGAACGAUAGUUUCGGGAGUCCUAAUAUGGCGCCAGAGGAGGAAUUCUUGGCCCUUAGGGACAUCUUCUUUGCUGACUUGGGAGAGAAUACAAAAGAAGCACAGCCCAAUGAGUCCGAUGACGUUUCAGAUAAUGAAAAUGAGGAAGAUGAAGAAGAUAGAGAACAGGAGACAUAUCAAGAAUGCGACUUUAAGUUUAACGAUUUUAUUAAAAGGUUAUGUCAUCCAAGGAUCGUACGAGCUGCAUCCCUGGCUCUUAAAGAGUUUAACGUAAACUCAACGCAUACUAACCAUUGUGUGGCUAAGUUAUUACAUAGAAUAGCUUUUGAUUCAAAAAUGAGCGUAAUGGUAUGCCAACUUAGCAUUUUUAGAACUUUUCAACAUAUUUUUGAGGUACAAGAUGUUCCAGAGUACAAGGAAUUGGUAAAGUUUGCAACUUACAUCAUAAGGCAGUUCGUGAAAAUAGCAGAUAUUAACAAAAAAGUGUUUAUGGAAAUGCUAUUCUGGAAAUCUAGUAAAGAAUGUUUUGACAUCGAAUAUGGAUACAGUGAAACACAUGGAAAAGAUGCUGCCAAUAAGGCUUGGUCUGAACAACAAGAAGAUGAAGUACGUCGCCUAUUUAUGGAACAUCAAAGCUCAGGAAAUACCGAUGAUGUAGUAGAUUUCAUCACUGAAAAUCUUAUAGAACAAACCAAAAGCAGGCGACAGGUUUUAAAAAAACUGAAAGAACUAAUGUUGCUGGUAGACUAUAAAGGAAAGAAAAAAUCUGGUUCGAGGCCACCAAAAAAUUGGACAACCGAAGAAGAAGAGACUUUACAAGAACUAUUUGAGCAAUUUAAAAAUACUGAUGAUCCUUUAGGUAACAUUAUGAAUAGCUUGAUUACUCCACGGCCGAAAAACCGAGUCGUUGAAAAGCUUCUUGUAAUGGGCUUGAUUCAAGACAAAAAAGAAAUUCAGAAGAAAAGGUCUGGAUAUUGGAGAAAAUCUCAUCAGCAUUCCUCAGAGGAAAAUAUCUCAUCCAGUGAUGAGGAUGUUUCAAAACCAACAAAGCCUUCAGGAAUACUGCAAAAACCACUAAAAAAGAAAAAAAUUGCAUCCAGUAACUCAAAAGAAAACCAGAGGCCUAAAUUUGUACAAGUUGCCAGGUCAAAAAUAAUACAGUUACUUAUUGCUGUCAAAAAUAAUGAAAUGCAGGAACCCCUGCAGUGGUUGAGAGAGAGCUUAGGCGAUGCCAUUGAUGAUUACGAAGUCGGAAAUUCUGAAGGCAUUCCAUUAGUCCCAGUAAUGGAUUAUGCUGAGGCGGCAAUGGAAAACGUCGAGUUUCAGAGACUUCUCAAAGCAUUCGGUGUCUGUCCGCCGUUCGACGAACAGGAAAUAUACUGGCGAAUACCAGUAGCUCUUAAACCUGAUACACUUCAAGAAUACUGCAACAUGAUUGAUCAAGCGUUGGAUGAUAAUCUUCAGGUUACAGUAGGAGAAUUGAAAGCAGAUAUACAAUUAGACUAUAGCCUAACAAAUAUGGAGAGUUCUGACGAUGAUAAUGUCUUCAAUAAAUUAAGAAUUAUGGUAAAAGAUAAUUCCGAAGAAAAUAAUAAAAAUAUACGGUCUGAAAAGUCACCAUCAAUAGAAUCAAAUGCUUCUGAUAUAAAUUCUGAUGAGGAGUCCAAUACUAACAAAAACCGAUCAAAUUCGGACAAAAGUAACGAUGGUGAAAUUUUUGCAGAAAUUAAUGUAAUGAACCAGGAAGAGAAUUUUGAAGAAAAUUUAAAAGGAAAAAGGCAACGGGCCUUAUUAGAUUCGGACGAUGAAAAUCAAGCUCCCGUAUCUAAACGUAGUAGAAUCAUAAUUGAAUCUGAUAGUGAGUAACCUUACAACGAAACCAGGAUUAAGUUUCCUCUGGAAGCUAACUUCUAUAUUUAAUAUGUAGAAAUCAUAUGUAAUAAAUGAUUACACUGCU